UCGUACGACUCCGUGUCCUCGUGACGCCAUUUCCCCGGCACGAAGAGGAGGCGUUGCCGCGCGGCUCCGGAGCGUCACUGCCGUAAAUGCCGAAAACCCGGCUAUCCUGCUAUAAGGGACGUACGAGCUGUUCACUCUAACACGGUCAACAUUUGACAUUAGUACCAUUAGUACCAGUAGGUAAGCAACAUAGUGAAUAGAAAUUUCUAGACGUUAAGGCGAUGAUGAAAAACGGACACCAUCAGGCGCUCCCAGCGCGCGAGGAGGCGGAGGGUAAGCCGGUGACGGUCGCCUGCAGUCCCGAGAAGAGGAGACGGAUCGUGCGCGUGUGGUGUGACGGAUGCUAUGACAUGGUCCAUUAUGGACACUCAAACCAACUACGACAAGCCAAGGCUAUGGGGGAUCAUCUCAUAGUGGGAGUGCAUACUGAUGAGGAGAUCUCCAAGCACAAGGGCCCACCUGUCUUCACACAGGCUGAGAGGUACAAGAUGGUGCGCGCCAUUAAAUGGGUGGAUGACAUAGUGGAGGGUGCACCCUAUGUUACCACUCUGGAGACUCUGGACAAGUACAACUGUGACUUCUGUGUACACGGAGAUGACAUCACUCUGACAGUAGACGGAAAGGACACAUAUGAAGAGGUGAAAAAGUCAGGCAGAUACAGGCAAUGUAAGAGGACUCAGGGUGUGUCCACAACAGACCUGGUUGGCCGCAUGCUCCUGAUGACUAAAGCUCAUCACAGCAACAUAGGAAGUUCAGAUUAUCAGCAACACACGGACAACUUUGGAAGGGGUCCAAAGGGUCAUAGUCCAUGGACAGGGGUGUCUCAGUUUCUGCAGACGUCCCAAAAAAUCAUCCAGUUCGCCUCGGGGAAGGAGCCGCAGCCGGGGGACACCAUUAUAUAUGUGGCUGGAGCCUUUGACCUUUUCCAUAUUGGUCAUGUGGAUUUUCUGGAGGCAGUCUACAAGCUUUCAGACAAGCCAUACGUUAUUGUCGGGUUACAUUUUGAUCAGGAGGUGAAUCGCUACAAAGGAAAGAAUUAUCCCAUCAUGAACAUCCAUGAGCGGACACUGAGUGUUUUGGCGUGUCGGUAUGUCUCAGAGGUGGUCAUUGGAGCUCCCUACACAGUUUCAAAGGAUUUGCUAGACCAUUUUAAGGUGGAUCUUGUUUGUCAUGGAAAGACUGAAGUGUUUCCAGACAGAGAUGGCUCAGACCCCUAUGCAGUACCUAGGAGAAAAGGUAUACUAAGGAUUGUGGAUAGCGGAAACACCCUCACCACCGAUGACAUCGUGCAAAGGAUAAUAAAAAACAGGCUGCUGUUUGAGGCCAGGAACCAGAAGAAGGAGGCGAAGGAGAUGGCAGUGAUCCAGGCCAUGAAGCGGCGAGAGGAGGAAAAGGCUAAAGAGAGAUCUCAGGCUGUUCUAUAGAAAAGCUCGAUUUCAAGUGCAAAACUCUUGACUCCAAAACCUCCCCAUGAAUCUCCUCUGCAGAUGUGUCCUUACACACUUUUUUUUUUUUUUUUUUUUUUUU